AUGCUUCGUAUGUCAGCUCAUUCUUUAUCCAUUUAUCUUAGAUUAUUUCUUAACAAUUUUUCUCUUGAUCUUCUUCAAAAUGUGUCAUUAAUGAAUGAAAUGCUUCAUGUUAGCCGACCAGAAGGUUCACUAGAUGAACCUAGUGUUCAAUACGGCUUGAUUUGGAAUUGGCUAUAUCAAAAUAAUCGACAUUUAGUUGGACAUCGUGGAUGGAUACUGGGAGUUACUCAUACAAUGAUGGUAAAUGAAAAAAGAAGCCUCGGCGUAGUACUACUUUCGAAUGGUGACAUCACUUGCGGCGAUAGUUUAGCUAAGCAAGUAUCCUCAACCUAA